GAAGCGCUCCAGACCCGGAAGGCGGGGUUAGCGGCGCCCGGGGUCGCCAUGGCUACCGAGCAGUUGGCCGCAGAGCCCGCGGUGCCGUCGCUCGUAGAUCGUUACUUCACUCGCUGGUACAAAGCAGAUGUCAAAGGAAAACCCUGUGAGGACCACUGUAUACUACAGCACUCUAACCGAGUAUGUGUCAUCACAUUGGCAGAAUCUCAUCCAGUUCUUCAAAGUGGAAAAACAAUUGAAAGCAUUUCCUAUCAAAUCAGUACCAACUGUAGCAGACUUCAGAACAAGGUCUCUGGGAAAUUUAAGCGGGGGGCGCAGUUUCUAACAGAACUUGCACCUCUGUGUAAGAUUUACUGCUCAGAUGGAGAAGAAUACACCAUAUCUAGCUGUGUUAGAGGACGAUUGAUGGAAGUGAAUGAAAACAUUCUCCAUAAGCCAUCUAUUCUUCAAGAGAAGCCAUCCACUGAAGGCUACAUUGCAGUAGUGUUGCCCAAAUUUGAAGAAAGUAAAAGCAUAACAGAAGGGUUACUAACACAAAAGCAAUAUGAAGAAGUUGUGGUAAAACGCAUUAAUGCCACAACAGCUACUUCAUGAGGAUUCAGAUGGAGUAAAACGCACCGCAGGAUUCUCAUUCCUACUUGGCCUAAAUCAGUGCACUAAAGAAGGACCGGCGUGUGUGAAGAUACAAAGCCAUCUGCAAGGAGGCCUGAGCUUAAAACUUAACCUAGUCUUCCCUCUGUCUUGUGUCACAGGCCUUGGUUCCCAUUUCGUCUUCAACCUCCCAGAUCUGCCCUGCCCACACACUCACUCUAUUCUUCUUUUCCUUCUCUCUAACAACUGGCAGGCAAGGGAUGUUUUUCUGAUUAAAAGCUAACAAACAAAGCACUUUGAGGAAAAUUUGGAAAAGACAGAAAAGUUUUAAGUAGCAAAGUAAAAAUAAUUUACCCAUCAUCCUGCAAACUGAAAGUAAAUACUACAUUUUGACAUACUGCUGUUUGAAUGUGAGGGCAUGGUUAUUGUUUUUGCUUCAAUUUUUCAUGAGUGUGAAGUUUUAAAAAGCCUAGCUAGCCUUUCUUACCCAGUCUGCUUCAGUGGGACGCUACCAAAACGUCUAGGCCCAUCCCUUCUGCCCCAGCUCCUCUCCUUUUAGGUGGCAAGGGAGAGGCAGUGUCUAAGUGUACCUUCUCUACUCCUUAUGGGCUGGGGCGGCCUUCCUCUCUGGAGCAAAGUAGAACUGUUAACACUGUGGCUUCUUAAAUGAGCGAUGCGUGAAAAGACUGAAAAAUACAAAGGGCUUUCCUAACAUAUGCAGUGUUAAGCUGGUUAUUGCCAAUACGUACAUUGUAGUCUCUCAGUCUCACACGCUAGUGACAGAGAGACAAGCAAAGAAGUUACUGUAAUUCAUAGACAGAUGCCUUUGAAUGGAACAAAAGCUCUCACAUUUAAACUAAAAAAAACCCUAUGAAUUUAUGGUUUAAGAUUGUAUAGUUCUUUACAUUGAAUUUUAAAUGAAAGGACUUUAAAAAUUGUUAUUUUUCCUUAAGGGCUGCAACACAUACAUAUAUUUAAAUAUCUCUGUCUUUAAAUAAAACAAUUAUUUAAUACAGAAGAAAUCACUUGACAUGUAAAUUCUUUGGUUCUCUAUCAUACUCUUAUGCUGUUGAAGUCAAUAAUUAUGUUAUCCCUUCCCCACCCCUACUUGCACUUAAAUAAGAGAAUAUUCUCUUUUCAGGUAUGUAAAAGUAUUUUGUAAAUAAAAUUUUAAAAUUAUUUUUGACUUACAAGAAAAACUUAUUGUAACUUGAGUGCUAGCGUGACUGCCCCCUAAAUAUACCCACCAGACGUGAUACAGGCAGUAAGUCUGCAGACAUCUACACCGGCAGUGCUAUGAGCUGAAAAUGUCAGCACAAACCAGCAGGUCCCCAUUUCAAGUAGCACAAACAAUGAUUCCUGAAGACGUCAUAAAACAAAGACACUAAAGAUAGUAAAAGAAUUUACAUCUGUUUUACAUAUAACAUUACCUUACAUUCUCCCAUUAUUUCUAUUGUAAUUUAAAGGAAAACUUUGGUUUCAGGGAAUAAAAAUCACGCUGGAUAAUUUCUAUAAAAGAAUAUUUUAUAAAGGUCGUUAACCAAGCUGAGUGCAUCCCAUUUUCUCCCUGAGGCCUAUGGUAAAAGUUCAGGUUUCCUUCAAUAUAAUAUUGACUUAGCUAAUUGGUAGUACUGUGGCUCUUCAGUAUCUUGUGAAUAUUGAUUGUGAUGGCUAACCCAGAUAAUGAUCAUCAGAUAAGCUGCUGUAACUACUGCCAUUUGGCAACUGGCACGUCCUGUUAGAUUUCAAAAUGCCUUUCAAAGCAUUGGGAUACCAGCACUAUCGAGAGUUCAGAAAAGUUUACCAUACUGUAUCAUAAGGACAGAACCUAUAAACAGGAUCCUGCAAUCAAAACCCCACCUCAAAGCAAACACAAGGCUUUAAACCCUAAGAUUAAAAAGACUAAAGAAAGAUGUUUGUUUAUAAUGAACAUUCCAAAGGCACAUAUUUAAAAUGUAUGAUUAUUCAGAAUUUAUUUCAAACAGCUUCUUAGUUCCAUCAUUCUGUGUCUUAUGUCUUCCAUUCCAUCAGUCACUACUGAGAAGGAGAGUUCAAAAAAUAUUUUUUAAGCCAGUAAGAUAGGCUUGGAGUUCGAGCUAACAUUCAGGGCAGAGAGGCCAGCUAUGCUAGAAUGAGAACCAAAAACCAUCUCCUAGUAAGCUCCAGGACUCCACGGAGUCGGCUCCAUGACCUUGCUUUUGGGAAUGGGAGAGGGCCAUGCCUCACAACAGACAGCCUGUGCUGUGUGAAACGUGUGUCAGAGAACAAACGCGUGCUACCAGCAUGGAUGCUCUGUGACAGAGGGGACAGCAAAGAGGGAUGGUCACAACUGGUGGACAGAGGGAUUGAAGAAGAGUCCACAGGUUUAAGGAAACCCUGUGCUGAAAAUCAGUGUUCUGGAUGAUAAGCUUAAACAAAAAAAGAAAAUAGGAA